AAUAAGCUCAUCAGAUUUAAGGAUCCUAUGGUAGAGUCAAGAGAGAAUGGAUAUGAACAAUACCAGAACCCUUGUGAAAUUUGCAGCUCUUGUAAUAGUUUUAGCCGCCCUGGUGUUGAUGGAAGAACCUACGAGCAUUCCCGCAUGUAACAUCAACGCAAACCAUUUGGAGAAAUGUCGUCCAGCCAUAACUGGAGACAACCCACCAUCUCCACGCAAAGAAUGUUGUGAAGUCCUCCAAGCCGCUAAUCUGGAAUGCAUCUGUAGAUUCAAGUCUUUUCUCCCCGUUUUAGCGGUUUACCCAUCUAAAGUCCAGGCUCUUCUGAGCAAAUGUGGCGUUACAACAAUCCCUCCUGGUUGCCAAGCUUUGAAGAACUGAGGGGGAGACAGACCGCUCUACAGCAGACUUCGCUCGAUCUUGUCCUGAAAGUGAUCUGAAGUCUUACAAUAUAUCUUAGUCUUCUGAUCCAAAUAAAUCACAAACUUGAAA